AUGGCCCGCCCAGACGAAACGGGCUCGGGUGAAAUGCUGUCGUCGUCUGCCAUGGGCGCGACAUUCCUGAUCAUCAUUCAACUGGCAUCGAGGAUCUUCACAUUUGCCUCGAACCAGCUGAUUUUACGAGCGUUGUCGCCAAUCGUGCUAGGGAUAGCGGCUCAGCUCGAGCUUUACCAGGUUUCUAUCUUGUACUUUUCGCGGGAAAGUAUCCGCAUGGCUAUCCAAAGACAGCCUGAGAUCACUAUUUCGGCUUCGCCUAGCCACGCAAAAGGCUCCGGCAAAAGGGAGACCGAUUUGGUGAAUAUCCAGUCUCUCGCAUCACAAUCCGUCGUGAACAUAUCUUACCUGGGCCUCGUCCUCGGGUUACCGAUAUGUCUUAUGCUUACUACGCUCUAUCAGCAGCUUGUGCCACAGGAAACCUCACAAGCCCCCUUUUUCUACCCAAGUUUGAUCAUGACUGGAAUUGCAUCGCUCUUGGAGAUUAGCGUCGAACCAUUCUUUGCCGUGGUUCAGCAGCGCAUGCUGUAUGAGAAACGUGCCGCCGUCGAGGUUCCUGCAGCGUUCCUUAAAAGCCUCACAACUUGCUCGGUCUUUCUGUAUGCUGCGAGGGCCAAUUAUGAUGUCGGGGUAUUACCAUUUGCCCUCGGCCACUUGAGCUAUUCUCUCACUCUCAUCUGCGGCUAUUCUCUAGCUUUUCUCAAAACCACCAGCGAGGAACACUUCACAUUUCUUCUUCGACGGAUCCAAUCAAGCGACUCUUCCAAUUAUUUCAUGGGCCGAUUCUCUCGUCGGCUAACCUCACUUGCCGCAAGUGUCUUUUUCCAAUCCCUGGUGAAACACCUUCUCACACAAGGUGAUUCAAUGAUACUGGCGGCCCUGUCUGGCCUGGAAGAUCAAGGCAUUUACUCUCUUGCUUCAAACUACGGCGGUCUCAUUGCACGUAUCCUAUUCCAGCCUCUAGAGGAAAGUAGUCGCAACCUGUUCUCCACGCUCCUCAGUCCAUAUGAUACUGGAAACCCGAGAAGUUCCCACAUCCACACCGCCAAGAAACACUUUGUGAGCAUCCUACGCGCAUACCAGCUGCUCUCGAUCCUUAUCAUCCCGUUGGGCCCGGUCAUGGUUCCCCAGCUGCUCCACAUCCUGGGGGGUCGUCAGUGGAGUUCAGCCAAAGUUGGUGAUCUGCUCUCGUUGUAUUGCUGCUAUAUUCCAUUCUUGGCCUUCAAUGGGAUCACCGAGGCCUUCGUGUCAUCUGCAGCCAGUCCGCGAGAAAUCCGGAAGCAAACGGCGUGGAUGGGCGCUUUCUCGGCUUGCUAUGCUCUGGCUGCCUACCUGUUUCUGGAGAUAGGCCAGCUGGGCGCCUAUGGGUUGGUGCUGGCGAACAUGGUGAACAUGACAGUGCGGACUCUUUGGAGCUUUAUUUUUACCCGUUCGUACCUGCGCCGACAGGGAAAUGGGCUACGUCUACAAGAUAUUGCGAUUCAGCCUGCCAGCUACAUUCUGUGGAUAAUUACUACGGUGGUCAUGCUCAACCAGGGAUUGUUGAAACCGGGACUGGGUCUUAUCCGGGCAUCUGUAAUCAGUGGUGCCUACGCUCUCCUGGUGUAG